AAUUUCGCAUAAACUUUGCUGCCCAUUUGCGAAAUUUAACUGCCAAUUACAACGUUCAAAUUUACAGUUGGAAAGUACGCACUUCGCACCAGAAUCUCUCUAACGCACUCACGAUCUUUUUCAGGAAGACGAAAUCGAUUUCUCGAUCCGGUAACAAUUACAAAACCCUAACAAUUCGUCUUUCCCUCUCCGUCUUUCUAUUCGAAUAAUUCAUACUCAACACGAACUUCGUAAUCAAAUGUCGACUACCGGCGAAGGAGACGCCGCCUCCACUUUUUCAUACGAAGGCGGAGGCGGAGGAGCGGGGGGGAAGUUCCGUGAAAGACCCUUCCGGAGAAUUGAAGAGAGGACGCCGUACGAUCGCCCCGUCAAUAACCUCCGUGGAAUCACCGCCACCACCCCGAACGAAAAUAGUGGGAGUUGGUUAACGAAGCUUGUCAUGGACCCCGCUUCAAAUCUCAUUUCCUUUGGCGCCAACCGCUUCUCCUCUGUUUUCAGUAAACGCCUCCCCGCUCCUCCUCGGCAAGAACCAGAGGCGAAUCAUGAAUUGAGUGGUGCAUUUCAAGGGACAGUUCCUGAGAAUCAAUCUGGAGGACAAGAACCUGCAAGUGGUAAUGGCAGCCAUCUAAUAAAUAGUUCUGUCAGUGGUGGGAUCUCUGAGCUUGAACAAUUGUUAAAGCAGAAGACCUUUACCAGACCUGAGAUUGAGCAUUUGACGGAGCUAUUGUGUUCAAAAGCUGUAGAAGGUCCUGCGAGUGAUGAUGGGAAAACGAUAGAUGCAUUGCCAAAGCUGCUGACGGAUGUUGAAAGGAAUCAACAAUAUUCAAGUGCUUCACUGGAAAAAUAUAAAAUUGAGGAUAGAUCUCAUGGAGUCAUUUCAACUCCUGCUGUAUGUUCAAAAGUCCUUGAGCAUGAGAUUGCUUCUCCUGCUGAACUUGCAAAAGCUUACAUGGGCAGUAGGCCUUCAAAAUUAUCACUGUCAAGGUUGGGGAUGCGGAACCAAGCUGUUACAGAAGGCUCACGGUUGCUAAGUAAUGUACUAUUUACUCCAAAAUCACCUGUCAAGUCAUUCACAAGAAAGAAUGCUGUUAACCUUGAGGUUCUCGAAUAUGGAUCUGUAACCCCAAGAUCUCGAGGCAGAUCAUCAAUAUACAAUAUGACUCGUACUCCAUAUUCCAGAGUUUAUCCAACCGACUUACAUAAGGGAACUGGAUCCGCUCAUAAUGGUUAUGGUGGGCCGUCGUCAUCAUCUCCGUUUGCAAUGGAGCAUUAUCGACUAUUUGGGCCUAACAAAUUGACCCUAAAACGCAGGAGUUCAAUGUUAGAAGAUGAUCUCAGUUCCGUUGGUCCCAUACGGAGAAUCAGACAGAAACCCAGUCUUUUAUCUCAUAGAAGUCCUCUUUCUGAUAGUGGAGUGGAGAUUAAUUCUGAUACUGCACAAAUAUCUUUGAAGCAGAAACUUCCAUUAGAGGAUGAACCAAGGCAUAAGAUCUCAAAAACUGUUGGAGGAAAUGAGGAUAAAAGCGCUCCAAGUACCAGUUAUACUCCCGUCCCUGCUAAGUCGAGGGAGAUUGCUGCUAGAAUAUUGCAGCAUCUCGAAAAGUUGACCCCAAAGGAAAAAUCAUCAGAAUCCAAGCCAUCUGCUGCAUGGGAUAAAUCACCUUUGAAAACGAAACCAAUCAAGAUCCAGGAUGGCCAUAAGUUGGAGGGUUGUGUUCAUGAUUCUACUUCACAAAAGCAAGUGGAGGUAGAAGAAAAUGACCCAAAAGAGUCUGUUGGUCCACAUGAAAAGUUGACUCCCGCAGUGAAUAUUGAUACCUCAGUAUUAGUAAAAGCUUUCAGACCUUUGGUUGAAACUACUGAUUCUCUUCUUAAGACUUUUGCAUCUCAACCUCCUCAAAAGAGGCAAGCCUUUGAGAUGAGUGCACAUGAGGAUUAUUUGGAGCAGGAUGAUUAUAGAGAUUCUAAUGGGAUUGCACCUCAACCAUUAGGUGAUAGGAGAGAAACAGCGGAGGUAGCUGACAAUGAUGGAAAGCCUUCACCUGCUGAACUGAAAUUGGAGAAAACCACUAUUCAGUUGGAAAUGAAGUCACCUUCAGGUCCUCUGUCUAGCAAAAUCAGCGAUAUGGAAAGUUCUGGGGUAAUCAUUGUUGGAAAAGAAAGCACUGCCUUUGCCUCCACUGCUUCCCAGGUACCAAGCACAUCCUUCCAAUCAACCUUGCGUCCUCAAUCAGUGUUCAAUUUUGACAAUCCAAAGGAAGUGAACAAUUCCCCAUCACUUGCGAUUUCAUCCUCGCCUUCUGAAUUAUCAUACAGAAAACCAAUUACUUGGCUGGAAUCUAAACCAGAAAGUUCAAGCAGCUCGGUAAACCUUCUUUCUACUGCGACUGGCGGUCAGCAAAUAAUUGCCGAGUCAAACAAAGGUGAUGAUCAGAAUAUGCAAGAGGCUGGCUGCGCAAUUGGAAAAUAUGAAACUGUUUCUUCUGUUGCAUCAAAUGGAUCACUUGUUUCCAUCUCUCCUGCCUUUUCAUUUACCCCUUCUACCAGCAUUGCAAACUUCAUGCCCAGUUUCACUGCUGCCUCCAGUAGCUGUCAUUUUGGGUCUAAUGUGGAGCCUUCACCCGUUAAUAAGUUUGGUAUUUCUGCUGAUCCAUCGACUGCUGUUUCGGCAUCAUCAACUUCCAAUAUAUCAGAACCAGCAAUUUUCCAAUAUAAAACAGAGGACAAUAAUAUUUUUGGCAGCUUAAGUAAUACAAGCUCUAGCGUUUCAUCAUAUGCGGUAAGCUCUGGAAGUAACACUUUUGGACUUGGUUCUUCACUUGCAUCUUCAACGGCAAAUGGUCAGUCUCAGGGUUCUUUUCUUGCUGUUGCCAGUGGAUUUUUGACGUCCUCCAUUGGAACUGUCUCACAGAGCACACCCAUUCAGUUUGGUACAUCUGCAUCAUUAUCGUCCGUCAAUAUCUCUAGCAGUACUUUAUUUGGUUCAUCCACUGUGAGUUCCCAAGCAUUAAGUCAAAAUAGUAGUUUCGGUUUUAGUUCAAGUUUGGCUUCUGCAUCAACUGCCAAUGGAAUUGGCUCUGGAAAUGAGCCAACAUCUAGUCUGUUUAAAUUUGUAGGAAGUUCUUCAGGCGUCAAUGCAGUUAGCUCCAGCAGUGGUGCAACUGGCUUAUCUAGCGUUGGCGCCAGUUCCUUCUCUUCUGGGGCUGACGCCGAUGGUUUUAGCAGUGGUGCCUCUUUUGGUGUAUUCAGUUUUAGUGCCAGUUCUUCAGCUUCUACUCGUGGGAUCAAUGCUGCUUCCAACAGCACCGGUACUUUUGGCAUUAAAUUUGGCGGAAAUUCUUCGGCUUCCCCCAUGUUUACUACAAACACUGCUUCAAUAGUAUUGAAUUCGUCCUCUGGUGCCGCCUCUUCAAGCCCUGCUUUCUCAUUUUCUGCAGCCCCUGCUGCGGCUUCCUCACCUGUAUCUGGUAAUCCCACUUCUCCUUUUGCAAUCUCGUCUGGGGACAAUAAUCAAAUAAAUACUGAAGACAGCAUGGCCAGUGAUCCAGCGAAAUCGUCUGUACCUUCUCUUCCUGUAUUUGGUCAACCUUCCAUCUUGCCUUCAAAUCCAUCACAAGCCAAUCCCUUUCAAUUUGGUGGCCAACCAAACCAACUUGCUCAGGAAAACCAAUCUACGUUCCAGGCAUCAACUAGUCUAGGAUUUAGUUCCAGUGGAAGCUUCUCAUUGGGCAGUAGUGACGGUGGCGGUGACAAGUCGGGUUGUAAGAUUGUUAAAUUUAAUCCCAAUCAGCACAGGAAGAAGUGAAGAAAAUGAAUGGUGAAGCUUUGGUAUGCUUCAUGGACGCCGUUCAUCACUGAGAAGACGAGUUGUUCAGGAAGCCCCCUCCUAGCAUUGAAAAAGGUGUAUUCUUGUAACAAUUUUUCCUUUCAUUUAGUAGAUUUUUGAAAGGCUUAAAAAGUCUCACAAUUUUGUACACUUGUUUGUGUUGAACUCGGAAAAUGAUUGCAAUGUACCAGUAUAGCAAUACUUGUAGAUAUUGGGUCACGGAAUUGUGCAAAAGAUACCAUGUUACAGUGUACUUGUUUGUUUAAACAUCGAGGGAUUGCGUAUAGAGAAAAUAUCCAUUUUCAACUUCA